AUGAAUUUUGAUAGAUUUAAUCCUCUAUCAAACUAUUUCUCUAAUAACGGAAUAGAGGUAAGUGAUUGGGGUAUUGAAGAGGCUACAUCUUCACCAUCAUUUUCAAAUCAUAACUUUAGUCAGCCAUACCAACAUGGUCGAAAUAUACAUGAAUUAACAUCGCCCACAUUGUUUAAUGAGAAUUUAGAUUAUUUGAAAGAAAUACCCGCUGAUGCUGAUUUCAUGUAUUAUUAUAUGACAAACAAUAUGCAUAGGAUGAGUCCAUCUACAGAGAAUUUCCAAAAGUUUAUAAAAAAGUACUUGUCGUUGAAUAAUAUCCAGAAUGAAUUUUGGGAAAAGUUUAAAUACAAUUUAAUAAUAUCAAACUUGUUGGACGAUUCGAUGAUAUUGUCGAAAAAUGAACAGUCAUUGAAUAAUUUGCAAUUUAGCAUAAACAACCCUAAUGAUACCCGCAAAAAAUUUGUCAAGACGUUGAAUUUUGAUGGCACUGAAUUGUACAUUCUAAAUAAGCAAUAUCAAUUGAAAUUCUCGGAUAAGUUAUAUAAUUCAGAAAUGCUCAUUCAGACAAUUUAUAUGAUAAUAUUCCUAUUAAAACAGUCUUUGAAAGGUGUUAAAUCGAAAAUGUCAAGGCAAAAUAAAUUCAAGAUGUUCAAAAUUUUGCUUAUUAUUUCUGUUAAACUUAUACAAUUCAAAAGAAUCAAUUUGAAAAUCCAAUCUACAAAGGUCUUAAAUAUGCUAAAUGAUUUUUUAGUAAAUAAUUACAAAGUCAACAAAAAGCUAAUAAUGAAUUUAAUUAAUUUGAAAGAAAUGGAAAUAUUUGGGUUUAUGAAGAAUUCGUCAAUAUCAAAGAAUAGAGUACAUGACCUAAAAGAAAACCUUGAUAAUACUUUAAAUUUUCUAAAUUUCAACUUGAAGAGUUCAAUUAUUAAAUUAUUGCCUUUUUUGAACGGUCCUAUGUUUGAAAAGUACUGCAAUAUAAAUAAUAUUAAUGUGUGUACAUUGAAUUCCAAGUAUGAGGCUGAUGGAACAAUUGAAAUUAAUAGAUCAUCAACUGAGAAAAUAACCAUCGAUGAAUUGACUUUUAAACUUAACAAUUUCAAUCAAUUGAGAAAAUUUCUAGUAUGCCAAUUACUAACUGUAAAUGAAUCACCAAUUAGAAGUUUUUUUCUAUUCCAAGUCUGGGAUCAAUUUAAUAUAACUGAAUAUGAAGUCGAUGAGGUCUUGCAGAAUGAUUUCCUGUUCUUUGAAAAACUAUUAGUGGUCGAAGAAUUAUUUGCAGAGCAUACUAAUAUAGUAAAGAAUUUUAAUUUAAUAUUUGAAAGAUUUGAAAAAAUAAAUAAAGUCGACUCCAGGCAAGAGGAUAUCAAUAAUAAGGAUGUAUUGGAGAUAAGCAACCAACCGCGUCAUUCAGCUUUUGAAUCCAUUACUGAUACCAAUAUGAAUAAUUUGAUUAAUAAACUAACUAAUAUAACAACAAAUUUAACCUACUUCAAGAAAUAUAAUCAGUCUAUCUCAUCUAUAACUAACAUUGAUGAAAUGAAUGAAAAACUUAUGAUAUUCAAGCAGUUUGGUGAUGAGUUGAAUUCAAUUAAAGAACUAUAUCAAGUAAAUUUAGGUGAAUUAAACAACGAAUUGUAUAAUAAGACGAACGACUUGUCAUCAAUUAAGAGUUCGCCUAGGUCAUCUGUGUCUUCCAAGAGAAAUUCGAAUUCUAAUGGAGAAUUUAAUUUAAAAUCUUUCCAUACCGUCAAUUCCAAUUCCUCUAAGAAGAGAUAUUCUUUGCCAAUGCACUAUUCACCAUCUUCUAUUCCUAGUGUUACUAUGCAGCAAUCAACUUAUUCUGAUUCGAAUUUGCCUUCUAAAUCAUCACAUAGCAAGGCCAGUGGAUCAGAUGCACAAUACAAGCGAUUAUCGACAGGUCUACAAUUAGGCUUAUUAACAGUAUUUGAGGAACCGAAUCAUAAAAGUAAAGUCAUUAACAAUAGAUUCUCUUCUGAUUCGAACCCCUCCCAAAUACAUGGCAAUGCAAAUGUAAAUGAUAAAAUACCUGGGCCAGUUUCUUAUGACGAUAAUUAUUUAAACAUGCUUUCAUCUAACAAUUACAACGAAUCUUAUAACCAAGCCGCGUUAGAUUCGUUGUCAAAUAAUUUAAGCCACAAGAGGCUACUUAAUACACUUAAACAUUCUUCUAAUAAUAGGUAUUCUUUGAAUUCAAUGAAUUCAAAUAUUAGUGGAUUAUCGGAAUUAUUGGCUUCGACACAAAUAACUACUUAUGACGAUGAUCAUGAUGGUAGUAUUGAUGAUGGAGUUGGAACAGAAAAACAGAGUCUUUCUAAAGAAGAUUUGAAAUUAAAGUUAGAAGAAAGCUUUAACAGAAUUUAUAAUCUAGAAAACGAAAACGAAAAUCUAAAGUUAAAAUCACUGGUUGAUAAUACUUUGAACGACAAUACGAAUAUCCUUAGUUCGAACGCUAAUGUCAAUACUAAUACUAUAACUAAUACAGAUACUAAUGAAGCUUUCGAAAAUGAAAACCAAAAUAAUAAAGCAUUUUUGAGUGAACUAGAAAAUACUUUGAGUACCAAAGUAGAUACAUAG